AAGCACUUUCAUAGGCCCCAUUGCUUGUCCCUUCAAUUAGCUCCAUUGAUGUGAUCUUCAUUUCCCUAUCUUCCCUGCAAAUUUUCUUUCCUUUUCUUUUCUUUUUUUCCUUCUUCUUUGUGUAGACAGAUACAAUGAUGUCAAUUAACAAAGGGAAAGAAAUAGCUGAAGGUUCUUCGGGACCGGCUGCUGUUGCUGUUGGUGCUGUUGUUGGUGGUGUUGGUGGUGUUGGUGGGGGUGAUCAGCGGAAUCCACCGCCGUUGAGCAGGUACGAGUCGCAGAAGAGACGGGAUUGGAACACGUUUGGUCAGUACUUAAGGAACCAAAGGCCACCGGUUGCACUUUCUCAGUGUAACGCUAAUCAUGUCCUUGAAUUCCUUCGUUAUCUCGAUCAGUUCGGUAAGACUAAGGUGCACUUACAAGGUUGCGUGUUCUUCGGGCAACCGGAGCCGCCGGGGCCAUGUACAUGUCCUCUUAGACAAGCUUGGGGUAGUCUCGACGCUCUCAUCGGUCGACUCCGAGCUGCUUACGAAGAGAAUGGCGGUUUGCCGGAGACCAACCCUUUCGCGAGCGGAGCUAUUCGGAUUUACCUUCGUGAAGUGAGGGACUCACAAGCGAAAGCUCGGGGAAUCCCUUAUAAGAAGAAGAAGAAGAAGCGGAAUCCAUUGAAGGCUACUGAAGUUAGCUCAACAAGCUUCCCCAUUCAGCAACCUUGAUUUCUUCUUGGUAUUAAAUAGUGGUCCUAAAAUAAAAAUUCCAAGAGUAUUGAAUCAGUUUGCUACUGCUACAAAUCAUCAUGGCCAAAGCUCCUUCAUCAAGAUAUUGGUAGAUAGCUAGUUUAUCAGCACUGUGUUUAUUGUUUUUAAAUGAGAAUCAAAGCAGGAAAUGGGGGCAAUAUAUAUAUAAAUAUAUAUAUAUAAACUGGAGUUGAAGAGGGUAAGUUGCUUUUUAUUUUUAUUUUUGUUCUUAUUUUUAUAUUUUAUAUUUUCUUUUCUAUUUCAAGUCAAGUUAAUUAGUAUUUUGUUAAAUGCAGUCAAGUUUGUCACAUGAAACUAUUCUCCAGGUAUAUGUAUAUUUUGAUGAUGCAAAUGACUACAAUAAUUUUCUUUUA